GCCAAGUGACUGGUGCUCAGGUUUCUCCUGGCAUGCCCAAGGCCCUCGGCUGUCAGCCAGUUUUCGUUACUAUUAUGCCGGCAUGAUGCUUGAUUCUUACCCCGGCAUUAUAAGGUCAAAAUAAGGCCAGGAUAAUGUGUUAAAGCCUAAGUGUGUCCCGCAGUUUCACAAAGCUGUUUCGAAGUCUCGAUUUCUUGCAAGAUUGAGGAAGUCUCGAAAUCCCGAUUUGUUUGUUUGUCUCUAUAAAUGACGUCUGAACGUCUUAGAGUCUGUAAGUCGCCCACUCGACUUUAAAACACUUUGAAGAGUCGGUUUUGCAAUUUGAAGAAACCAAAAUUAUCUCGGGAUCGGAACAAAAAAGAAAAAACGCUCGUGUUGUUAUUUCCCAAAGUCUCGCAUUUAUUACGCAUUUAUUCAUCACCCCUACUGUUCAACUGCGUCUGUUGUAUUAUUUUCAAGGUAACGCCUCAGCUGUGAGAACAGGUUGAUCCAAUCGCUUUAUUCCUAUUUGGACGUCUUCAAGAACAGUAAUUGAGCUUAAUUUAAGUUUUGUUCAAAACCAGUUCACUUGAUUAAAUUUGUUUGUUUCAGUAAAGUUGCAUCAGAGCUGUAAAACGAGUGGAAGCCUUAAAGGAGUUCAGUCGUGGUAUUUUUAGUUACUUUACAGUUACUUUGACCGCGAACAAACCUGAAAAUAGUAGUUUGCUAAGGUGGAAAAACACAAAGGGAUAGUAAUAAGCCAUACAUGGUUCAAGGCUGGAGAAGAUUGACAUGACUUAUAAACGACGAACUUUAAAAAAUUAGGCUUAACUUUUUAAGAUGCGCAAACCGUGACGUAGCUCCUUCAAUGAUCAUCAAGGUUGUCAUUUUUGUGGCUUUUGUUCAAGCCUUAAAAAGACAGACCUAUUUUCCCGGUACCACCACACGUCAUCAGUUUCGUAAAGCAAGAUAUUUCUGGUUAAAACUUAUCAACUGUGAAAGAGCUAGUUUGCUCUAUGUUGCAAAGAUGUGUGAUUACACAUAAGCAGUGAUAGUUUUAUUUCACAUUUACGAUUAUCCAUAACAUAGCGUGCUUUUGCUUGCUUCUCGUUGUAAAAAAAAAAAAAAAGGAAAGAAAAAGAAAAAAAACCGCACAAAAACACAAAAACAUUUAACGAGGUAAUUAUCAGCAUUGGUACACAUCUUCAAUUCAACAAAAUCAGGGCCGCAACCAGAAAAAAGUGUGACUGAGACAAUGUCGGCCAUGGUUUAUUUAUCUUUCAAGGUAUUAGGGGUGUUCAUGAUUACUAAAAGCAACAAACACGAAAACAAUGACAAUGACAAUGACUCGGUUUGCCUCUUACUAGCUGAAGACCCUAAAAAUAAUCGAAGCCAUCUUCUUCCCUUACAAGCUAUUGUCUUAUUUCAUAACAGGAUUACAUAAAGAGUAGUUCAUAGGUGCAUAGGCUUCUUGUCACGCCCUUUCAAUAUUCUCAGAUGAUGGUUCUGUAGCUCAAACAAUAAGUGAAUGAAGUAAUGAGGCUAAUAGUGUAAACAAAGAUUCCCCUUUGCAACGAUUUCAUCAGUUCUUUUCUUUUCUUAUCUAUUUUAAGAGUUCAGAGAACAAGACGUCAUGGACAACACAGAAAACGUUCUUAAAUCCAUCUGCAUAGGACUGCUUGUUGCCAAUUUCCUUCUCAAGACCGGUCGUGGUCUAAAAGCCAUCGAGUUGUGCAAAGAAUGUGUGAUUUCUCUGAAUAAGAAAGUGGUGCAGAGAGAAGAGCCGUAUUUCAAACUAAUUAACUAUUUAACCCGUCGAACAAUGUUUAAGGCGUACCGUGUUAUCCGUGAUUACACAAAUGUGAUAGAAUGCGGCAGAAAACUUCUUUUGAUACACCGCGAACGUGGCGAAACAGCGGAAGAAAGAGAGCUUACCAUAGUACUAGCAGGAAUAUCUGAACGUCAGUAUAAACAUGCAGAGGCAAAAGUGUUUUAUGAACAAGCGAUCAGAAUCAUGAUGGAAACUAACGACAGAAAGGGAUUAGCGGACGCAUAUGAAAAAUUUGCGAAUUUGUCUUAUUGUCUCAGUGAAUAUGCCAAAGCCCAAGAAUACUUCAACAAAGCACUUGCCAUCAGAGUGAAAAUUGGUGAUAGAAAAGGAGAAGCAUCAGAUUACGCGAAUCUAGGAACUGUAUUUCAAUCUCUUGGAAAUUAUGUGGAGGCCAAAGAAUUUCAAGAUAAAGCACUUGCGAUCAGCAUAGAAAUUUGUGACCGGUACAUAGAAGCAAGAGCUCACGGAAACCUAGGAACUGUGUUUCAAUAUCUUGGUGAAUAUGGCAAAGCUAAAGAAUAUUAUGGGAGAGCACUUACGAUCACAAUGGAAAUUGGUGACAGAAAAGGAGAAGCAAAAGCUUACGGAAACUUAGGAACUGUGUUUAAUUCCCUCGGGGAAUAUGUCAAAGCUAAAGAAUAUCUAGAAAAGGCACUUGCCAUCAACAUAGAAAUCGGUGACAGGAAGGCAGAAGCAGUAUCCUACGCGAACCUAGGAAAUGUGUUUCAUUUUCUUGGUGAAUAUUUCAAAGCCAAAGAAUGUCACGGGAAAGCGCUUCCGAUCUGGAUAGAAAUUGGUGAUAGAGACGGAGAAGCGACAGAUUACGCGAAUUUAGGUGCUGUGUGUCAAUCUCUCGGUGAAUAUGUCAAGGCUAAAGAAUAUCUAGAAAAGGCACUUGAGAUCAAAAUAGAAAUUGGUGAGAGAAAUGGAGAAGCAGGAUGCUACGGACACUUAGGAUUGGUGUUUCGAUCUCUCGGUGAAUAUGUCAAGGCCAAAGAUUAUCUAGAAAAGGCACUUGCAAUCAAAAUAAAAAUUGGUGACAGAAGUGGAGAAGCAACAGAUUACGGAAACCUAGGAAAUGUGUUACGAUGUCUUGGUGAAUAUACCAAGGCUACAGAAUGUCUUAAAAAAUCUCUUUUGAUGACUCAAGAUAUUGGACUUGGCGAGAAAGAGUUUCAAUGUCUAUCUCAACUCGCGUUAGUAAAGCUAGACGAAGGAAAGAUCCGGGAAGCAGUUCACUAUUUGCAAUUGAGCAUUAAAAAAAGCGAAAAUUUGCGAGGUUUUCUACACGGCAACGAUCAAUUUAAGAUAUCGUUUUCAGACGUGUGCCUGUUUUCGUACCAGCAGCUCAGUGCAUUAUUUGCUUCUGGUGGAAAUCCUAACGAUGCCCUUUAUGUUGAAGAACUUGAACGGGCUAGAGCUUUAGCAGACUUGAUGGCACAUCAGUACUCUCUUGAAAACAAGCAAAUUUCAGCUAAUCCGCAGUCAUGGAUCGGCAUUGAAAACAUUAUGACAAAACAAAGGAACUGUGCGUGUCUGUACAUUACCUAUUAUGCUCAAUCGCAAGUUGUGUUUCUUUGGAUUCUCAAGGCAAGCGGGGUCAUUCACUUCCGUCAAAUAACAGCAAAUGAAGACAUAUUUUGUGACGGAUUAGUUCCUAAAUUGGAUGACUUUUUUACCAAAAGCUUCCGUAGCUUUGGCAUUUUACCCGACAAGGAUUGCGAAGAUCGAUCAUUCAAUAAUGUGGAACCAAAACUAAAAUCAUCACAGGAAGGGAGUGAUGCAGCUCUGCGACUUGUUGAGGAAGACGCCGAGGAAGGCCAACAUUACGAAUCGAGCCUUUCGUCGUGUUACCGAAUGCUCAUCAACCCUGUGGCUGACUUACUUGGCAAUGAGGAGCCUGAAAUUAUCAUUGUUCCCCAUCGCUUCUUGUACAAAGUUCCAUUUGCGGCAUUACAGGACGCAAAUGGGAAGUAUUUAUCAGAGACUUUAAGGCUCCGCAUCGUUCCUUCGUUGACAACUCUAAAGCUCAUCCAGGACAGUCCAACCGACUAUCACAGUGACACUGGUGCACUGAUUGUGGGUGAUCCCAUGGUUGGUCGGGUGUUUUACAGGGGAAGAGUUGAAAACUUCAAACCAUUGGAAUUUGCAAGAGCGGAAGCAAGGAUGGUUGGACAACUGAUGGGCGUUCAACCUCUGCUAGGAGAACAGGCAACAAAACAAGCUGUUCUUGACAUGAUACACGGCGUGAGUCUGGUACACUUUGCUGCACAUGGUAAUGCUGAAAGAGGAGAGAUUGACCUUGCGCCAACUGCGACAACUGUUACUGAGCUUCCUGACGAAAAAGAUUACCUAUUGACCAUGUCCGACAUUUCCCGAGUUCAACUACGAGCGAAGCUGGUGGUACUUAGCUGCUGUCACAGUGGAGGCGGGCAGAUCAGGGCUGAGGGAGUUGUUGGAAUUGCUCGAGCUUUUUUAGGAUCCGGAGCACGUUCAGUGCUGGUGGCACGCUGGGCGCUAGGAGACAAAGCAACAGAACAGCUUAUGGGGUGUUUCUACAAGCACCUUGCUGAAGGGGAAAGUGCUAGUGAAUCUCUUCACGAGGCCAUGAAGUGGAUGAGAGGCAACGGCUUUCCCGAGGUUGCCGACUGGGCACCGUUUAUGCUGAUUGGAGAUAACGUGACACUUCAGUUUGGAAACGUCGGAAGUCAAGUUGACUGAAAUUGGAAAAGAGACCGAGAAUUGGUGUUAAGAGCCUGUGAGAGGACUUGAUAGAGGCUGCCAACAAUGGGAGGCAUUGCCUUAAAAUUGACUUUGAACACAAUUUGUAUAUAAUUAAUUUUUAAGUUUAAUUUUUUUUCCAAACCUAGUUUGCCUUUAUUUGUUUGCUUGUUUGUUUUGUCAAGCCAUUGUAAGAGCGAGCAGAAAUUUCACAAUUUCUGGCAAGUACAAAACAUAAAUCAAGGCUUUAUUUCAGUGAUGAAAUGAUGAAAUGUCCAGGACAAUUCUAAAAGAAAAGGCUUUUCGCUUUGCCAGCUGUUAGACAAGCGAUUCAGCGAUUCAAGGAUUUUUCUACAGUUGUUUCAUUUCCAUUUCAUUUCUCUCUAUGAAAAAAAAAAAAACAAUUCAGUUAAGCCAGUUUCAAUGACGUUUCUUGUGAAGAACAAAUCGUCCAUGCAAGCGUUUCUUGAUCGGCAAUACCACUCCGGUGAGCAGAGGUUAGGUGUAUCACGUCUAUUUCGGCCAAUCAGUUCAACAGAAAAAAUCAUGGUGGAUUAUGGCAUUAUAUAAGUGAAGAUUGUUACUUGAAUCGUGUUCCGAAAGUACGAAGAAUCAAGCUGUUAUAACUGAUAUCGAACUGUUGGACUCCAUAAGUUGAGGUCGCAAAUUGCAAAAAAUAAUAAUUUUAAUCAUUCUUAGCAUUUAUUGUUGAAAAAUAGUUUUUAGUAAGGUGUCCCUACUGUAAUUAAUUGACAGUUAUCUCUCGAUUUCGCGUUUUCCAGACGUUCACAUUUUUAAAUGUGUAGUAACCUAAAAGUUACUCUUAGAUCUAAUGACUAAUUCAAGUACCAGUACUUAUCUUAGGCCCAGUUCAGACGCCGAACUUUUCAUGAGCCGAACCAAAUACAUUGAAUUAAGUA